AUGAUAAAGUGGAAUUCAAAAUAUAAACAGAAAACUUUUGAAGUGUCCGCUUCUGAUGAGUUUAGUAAGAGAGCUGAAAUUUUAACUAAAAAGAUAGCUAAAGAGUUUUUCGAUUGGUGGGUCGACUUAGGCAAUGUAGAGUUCAAGAGCGAAAUAAAACGACCAGAAGAUAUUGAAGACUUAUUUCAAGUUUGGUUCGAUGAACAUGCUUCUCGUGGUUUGGUUUUGGAUCCCAAAAUACUUCCUUGUGUACUCCAAAGCAUUGCUGAUUUCGUUGGUGUCAAAAAGGCAUCAUGUCCGAAAGUACUGAAACGGCAGAUUGCGUUUGACAUUCACGCGGAAACAAGUCCGCUGCAUUCCAAGGCAUUCGGGACAUGUCUCCCGCAGCAUAUGAAACACAUCCCACCAAAGAAUAACACAAAGGAGAUAUGGCAUUGUGUCAAAAUACCUCAAGACCUACGGUCUAUGUCCUGUGUCUGGGACGAUAUCCAACAUUUAACAUCAACAAAAGCUUUCCAUGUUUGGCUACAGAAGAGACCGCACUUGGCGAUGCCUCCAUUCUUAAAGUCCCUCGAAGAUCCAGGAGAGAAGAAACUACCUUUUGUUGUGCCCUCAGACUAUGUUGUGAAAUUAAAAGGCUCAUCUUCUGCCCAAGAGUUGGCUUUGCCUAUUUCAGAUUUCUCUUUGGAACUGAAAGAAGUUCUCAGCAAACUUUUAAACGAA